GCCAAUAAAUGAAGGAAGAAAAGUUUCGGUCAAAUCUGAGGUUAAUGGUGGUGUGAGACGAAGGUAGAGACGUUUUCCUCUGCGAAUCUCGUCGAAAACAUCGUAUCCCAAAAUGAGCAGACGAAUGAAUCAGUUGAUAACUGUCGGUUUUAAGAAAUGGUGCUAUAACGCGAGCGGAUUCAAUAAAUAUGGUUUGAUGAGGGAUGAUGUUCUUUAUGAGAAUGAAGAUGUACUUGAAGCACUAAGACGUCUCCCCAAACAUCUCUUGGACGAACGUAAUUUCCGUAUUGUCAGGGCCAUGCAAAUUGACUCUCAAAAACGGAUUCUACCCGAGGAACAAUGGACUCGAUAUGAGGAUGAUGUGAUGUACCUCCAGCCGUACAUUAAAGAGGUCCAAAAAGAGCGCGAAGAGAGGGAAAAGUGGGAAGCAUCGUAGAAUAUAGCUUAGCUCGACGAUCAACAUAGGAUAUUAUAACAAAUUUGCUCGUUUCCUGAUGCACAGUUAAUUUCGGCGUGAUGUAGAGAGCUGAUCUGUGUGUACAUAUUUAUAUAUAUAUAUAUAUAUAUAUAUAUAUAUAUAUAUAUAACAAAUGGGCUAGAUGGUAAAUAAAUUACAUUCACUUCCUUCGAGAGAACAAUGCUUCCAAACGACGCCGUCUAUUCGAGCGACGUCAGUCUCGACGUUGUUUCAAGCGACGCCCUACAUUUUCCAUCCUCGCAUCCUCUUCGUGCAUCACGACUACUUCCCAAUAACGCUAACGCAAACAAAUCAAUAAUUACGAAAAGAUAUGUGGCAGGCUUUUAAGCGUAGCGUGAUAUAUCGCACUGCGUUUUCCUCCGGCUGCAGUAUGCAUCGCACAUAUCGCUGAUUAUUUUCGUGCCUGUUCACCUGACUUUCAUUUAGUACCCUUUAUGCAAGAAGUCGUCGUGUAUUACGAUAAUUAGACGGUAAUUAUAAUGGCAAUGUCGUGCGAUCCUGAGUCAUAACUGAGAAUAGAAAAUGUAAAGCGAAGCGAUGAACCACGGCGAAGCUCGCGUAUUUCAGCGAGUUAAUUACGUUCAAGGUGUACGAUGUUUGCGUUUGUUCAUGAAUUAAAAAUCUCUGUUCUCGUAAGA